CUAGGGUGUCGCCUUGGGGGCUGUAUUCGAAGGCGACGGCGGUCGUCUGUGCUUCAGUGUGAAAAUAUUUUUUGUAAAUAAAAAGGGCAAUCAUAAGGUCGUUAAUUAUUAUACACUCAUACUUUUGUAAGAUAUUUUAUUCUUCCGGAUCCCGCGCCUAGAAAGGGUUGGCAUGAGGGGGUAUGCCAAGAAUUUGAAUCAGCUUGCUGGUAGUUUGAAGAAAGAGUAAAGUCGGACUGAGAGGGGAGCCAUUUUGUCCCGACUGUGUGGGAGAAAGAAAAGAGUGGAAAAGGGAAAUAAAUCGGGUGGAGAAACAGAGCAAGAAACCCUCUUAUUGUGAAGAGGAUUGUUAAAAAUUGGGAAGACACAUACGCUGUACAGCCUGCUAGCCAUCGCGUGGCAUUUAUCGUAAACAAAAACCACGUAGCAUAGUUGGCUAACGUUAGCAGAAUUGGCUAUCUGUUUUUAAUAAGCGAUCCCUUUUUUAUUGGAUAGCUGAUUUGCAGUUAGGUUGGUUUUUAUUUCUUUUGAUUCCUCCACUGGCUUGAGAACACAGCACGCUAAAUGGCGAAAAAGACGUACGACCUUCUGUUUAAACUCCUCCUGAUCGGAGACUCUGGUGUGGGAAAGACCUGUGUGCUGUUCCGCUUCUCCGACGACGCCUUCAACACCACAUUCAUCUCCACUAUAGGAAUUGAUUUCAAGAUCAAAACCGUUGAAUUACAAGGAAAGAAGAUAAAACUACAGAUAUGGGACACCGCCGGACAGGAGCGCUUUCACACCAUCACCACCUCCUACUACAGAGGGGCCAUGGGCAUCAUGCUGGUCUACGACAUCACCAACGGCAAGAGCUUCGAGAACAUCAGCAAGUGGCUGAGGAACAUAGACGAGCACGCAAACGAGGAUGUGGAGAGGAUGCUGCUAGGCAACAAGUGUGACAUGGAGGACAAGAGGGUGGUUCCGAAGGCAAAGGGAGAACAGAUCGCGAGAGAACACGGCAUUAGGUUUUUCGAGACAAGCGCCAAGGCGAACAUCAACAUCGAGAAGGCCUUCCUCACGUUAGCAGAAGACAUCCUUAGAAAGACGCCAGUGAAAGAGCCCAACAGUGAGAAUGUAGAUAUCAGCAGUGGGAGUGGAGUCACAGGGUGGAAGAGCAAGUGCUGCAGCUGAACGCCUUUCCGUCUGUCCCUCCCUCCAUCCCUCCCUCCCUCCAUCCCUCCAUCAUUCCUCCCUCAGUCAUCACUCCCUGCCCUCUCACUCACUCACUCGUCUUUCAUCCUCCUCUCCCUCCCUCCGUCUCUCCCUCGCUCUUUGCUGUUCCGUGCCGUUUUCUGGAAUUAAACCAUUUCUGUCUGAAAUUAACACCCCCCCUCUCUCUCUUCUCCCUCUCUCACCUUAACCCUUCUGUUCUUCCACCCAUGACUGCUUUCUGACAGUAUAAUUAUUUCAGAAAUGUAAAGAUAAAAAAGAGAAAUCAUAUGUUUCUUGUCAUUUAUUUUAAAGUAUACAAAAGAAGAAAAAAAACUGUCUCCAACUCACCACUACAUUUUUUUUUUAAUUGUUUGGGUUGUUAUUUUAGCCAAUAUUCCUGAUCAACCUCAACUCCAUGUGGUUUAAAACCACCAAAACAAGUGGUCAGAAUUAAAAUGGGGUGUAGGGGGGGAUAUUAUGAAAAACAAAACAAACAAAAAAAAAACGCCACCAUGUGUAGAAUUAACAAUUUUGUACAAUAGUGGGAUUUCUGUUGUGUAUAACUGUAUUUGGUCAUUGCAAUUUGUAUACAAAGUGCGAAAGUGAGACGGAACAUCGGUGUAGAUCUUGCUCGAACUUUAUUCUUUGGAUUUAUUUUGUCCUGUGCCUUACUUGCAGUUGAGAGAGCGUAACCAUGGCGAGAGAGCCUGUAACUAUGGCGAGAGAGCAUGUAACCAUGGCGAGAGAGCCACCUUUGUGGUGCAUUGACAGUUAAUAAUUUGAGUUUAAUGUUAAAUUCUUAUUGCUUCUCCAUGACGGUGUCAAUAUGAUUUAAACUUUUAAGAAAAGGAAGUGCGGAAACGUUUGAAUUUCUUGUAUUAGACCGAAGAGAAUGUCGUUUUUUUUUGUUUUGUUUUUUUCUCAGUAUGAUUUAUUUUACAUUUUUUAUUUUAUUUUAUCCUCCUUUACUUUUCCUGCAUGCUAAUUUCUUUGGUUUGGGAAAACUUUUUUGUAAGUUUACCUAUUUGCUCUCGAGAAAUAGCACUAAUUUACUCAAUGUCAGGGGGGUGGGGGGUAGUUUGAAUAGUUCUCUUUGGAAAUUCAAACAAUUUUGCAGAUCCAUUAAAAAAUAAGCUUGUUUAAGUUA